GCCCACUAGUCCUGAUACGGAAUAGUGCCUCUCCGAUUGGCGGGCUCCAUGCUCCGUGCCCCCGACGAGAGUCAUCAUUCGUGAGAAUUUGUUCUGGGAGACCAUCAACUGUGAAGACAACACUUGCUCGCUGCCCCCGACAUACGUCGUCCAUUGAGGCCAUAUAUUCCCUCAGGUGAACCUCCUCUGCGACAGCAUAGUUGUACUGCAGCUCCAGCAGAUUUAUCUCCUCUUGAUUGUGACCCGACGACAAGGCAUUUCAGCUCCAAGAAUACCCCGCGAUCGGAAGUAGCCUGCGAGUGGGCUUGCAUAGGAUACAGUCACCCACGUUGCAACGAUGGAUUUGGUCAAUCACUUAGAGGGGAGGUUAUUGUUCGCUGUUCCCAAGAAGGGGCGCUUAUUACAAGCUGCGCUCAACCUGCUCGAAGGCGCAGACAUCCAAUUCCGGAGAGAAUCGAGGCUUGAUAUUGCGCUCGUGAAGAACCUUCCCAUUGCUCUCAUCUUCUUACCCGCAGCGGAUAUCCCCACCUUCGUUGGAGAAGGGCGAGUCUCCCUGGGGAUAACGGGGCGGGACACUGUCGCCGAACAUGCCUCCGGAGUAGAACAAGCUCGUCGGGCACGAGCCGAAAGUGGGAAAUCGACGCCGGUCGACGAUGGAAUCGCUGGCUGCGAGGAAGUUAUGGAUUUGAGCUUCGGCUCCUGCAGGCUACAAGUCCAGGUUCCGGAAAAGGGACAAUAUGUCAAACCUUCGGAUCUGAUUGGGAAGAAUGUCGGUACAAGCUUCGUCCAUCUGACCGAGGACUACUUCGCGGCGCUGGAGAGAGAACAGGAUGCUGCGACUGGAGCGCCGAAAGGGAAGUUGAGGACCAAGAUCAUUGAGUUGAGUGGGAGUGUGGAGGCUGCCUGCGCACUUGGUGUUGCAGAUGGUAUCGUGGAUCUUGUUGAAUCCGGUGAGACGAUGAAGGCCGCUGGCCUGAAGGCAAUUGAUACGGUGGUAUCAAGUACAGCCGUCCUCAUCAAAUCCAAGAACCCCACGAACCCGGCACUGGUCGACCUUAUCGCAUCCCGUAUCAGAGGAGUCAUCACGGCGCAACAAUACGUGCUCUGCCAAUACAAUGUUCACCGCUCAAACCUUCCCGCAGCAACCAAAAUCACACCAGGAAAGCGUGCACCCACAAUCAACGCAUUAGAAGAAGAGGGCUGGGUAGCUGUAAGCUCCAUGGUUGAGAAGAAGAAGAUCGCGACGGUCAUGGACGAAUUGACGUCGGUUGGUGCGACGGAUAUCCUGGUGCUAGAUAUCGUGAACACCAGGGCCGGCUAGGUGCAUAAUUAGACAGAUCGAGAGAAAAUCGCAUUUGAAUUUGGUAGGCAAAUAAGUUCUGGGUAGAUCAUGGGUUUGGGCAGCUUGAAUAGACUUGGUUUGAGGGAUUGCGGUGUGGGCGUUGGUAGCCUUGAGAUCCUCAGCCUCGAAGAAUCAGCUCCGAUCAGCCUUGUCGAGGGGUGGCGAGAACCCUGGCCCCCGGCAAUUAUUGGGGGCAGCGCCAAGUUCCAGCAAAUCGAUUGCAUUCCGAAGAGCUGAUCAUCUUUAUCAUUGUAUGAUAUGUACUUCGUGUUUGAUCUCUUCGCGCGCAUUUAAUCUACCUACUGUAAUAAUUGAUCCUUCACUGCUUGCG